AUGGAGAGGGAGGAAAAAGUAAAGGAGGAUGAGAGAGAAAGGGGUGAAUUAAUGAGUGAAAAGUUGAAACUAGGGAUUUUGGUGGGUAAAAGGGAGGGCUAUUCUACGCCCUCGCCCACAUGGAAAUUUGGGUCAUCUCAAGAAGCCAUAGACUCGAGAAAUACACUGUCUGCAAGGCAAUUGGGCGCCAAUCUGUGGGAAAUGCAGGCACAGCUCAAUCUCAGAGCUGAUGAUAAGAUGAGCACCAAAAGUGGGCCCAGCUUGAGCCAUCCCAAGCAAGACGAUGUUUUUGGGACACAAGAAGCUAUUAGCCCCUCAAAGCAGCCCACUAACGGCAUUAGUCUGAGAAAGCAACUUAAACAAUCAUCGGCCGCACAACACAAUUUAAGAGUCGAGAAAGUCGGGCAAGCUCAGACGCCUCUAUCUCCUGCUAGCUACUGUAGCUCGAUGGAGAUGGCUCCCCACAGAGCUACACUCAGCCCACAUGGCUCCUUAACCCCAAACGGUAAAUUUAAAGACUCGGCCCACGGCGUCAAAACAUCCACAGAAUUACUCAAAGUUCUCAACAGAAUCUGGACCCUCGAGGAAAAGCACGCGCUAGACAUGUCUUUAGUCAAGACUCUAAAACGCGAGCUCGGACAAGCCCAGGCCCGAAUUCAAGAACUGCUGCAGGACAAAAAAAGGGAUCAAAACGAAAUCGGCACUCUAACUGCUGGAAUAAAGGAACUGAAAGCCAUCAGGAAAAAUGAUCAAGAUCGAACUAAAGACGAGAAGUUGCAUCUCCAGCUGGCCAGUGAGCUCUCGGCGUUAAAAUUGUCAUUUUCCCAUGUUAUGAACGAGCUCGAACGUGAGAAGAGAGCAAGGGCAUUGCUCGAGGACCUUUGCGACGAGUUUGCCAAGGGAAUAAGAAACUACGAACGGGAGGUUCGGCUCGUGAAGCAAAACUCGGGGGAUCAAAUUCUACAUGAAGGACAAAAUGACCGUUUUAUCCUCCACAUUUCAGAAGCAUGGCUGGACGAACGGGCCCAGUCAAAGCUCGAGGACGAUCGGGAGAAAUUUUCGGAAAAGCAAUCGCCUCUGGAUAAGCUGUGUCCCGAAAUCGAAGCCUUUCUUCGCGAGAAAAAAAUCGGUAGAAAAAAUCUGGAAACAAAUGGCGGGGGCACGUAUAUCCUGAAUGGUCCCACUCGGCGGGAAGGGCAUUUUGGGAAUUUAGCUGCAAAAAGGGACAUGACUGAUCUUGAAAUGCAUAGAAAAAGUGACACGAUGCGAAGAUCCGUACGGGAAGGAAGGCAUAGUAUGAAAGGCACGAAUUUUGAAAGAGAGGGUACUAAAAGAAACUCAUGUUAUAAUUUUGUCGAAGGCCCAUUUGACCCGGCCAUGUUUACGGGCCCAUCGAGCCCAGUUAAGAAGUGGGUUUCUAUGGUAUCAGCAGCGGGCCCCAAUGCGGGAGAGUCUUCUUCUAUGAGAUGGUCGAAAGGUGUAAAACCGAAUACUUUGAAAGCUAAACUGAUCGAGGCGAGAUUAGAGGGCCGGCAGUCUCGGGCGAGGAUUUCUAGAAGUUCGUCGAGAGGCGAUUAG